AUGGCUACAUUCGACUUUGCCGCCAAGGGAGCCGCUCGCCGACUCAUUUGUCUCUACGUAGACACUUUGAGGAACGAGCAGAUCUUCGUUGUCACGGAAGCCUUCUGCGAGCUCGUCUUCGUUGUCACGGAAGACGUCUGCGAGGGUGCAACCGUUCGCUCGAAUUGCGCCAGUGGCGGGCCGUCCAAGUUGUACAAGCGCAUCAGGGCGUUCCUGCGCGAUCGUGAAGCGCUUGACCUCUUCUUCGACAAAGCGCUCGGGCCGCCUCUGACCGGGGAGAAGCACGAGAAGCGGCUCCUCAGAAUGAACGUGUGCAUCUUACGGGCCCUGCUGAAAGUCAAGGAGUUUUCCAAGCUGCUGAAGGAGGCGGAAGUGCUGCGCCGAAUACAGCCGCUUCUGCUACACGUCUCUGGCUGGCUGGAUGCCGAGCGCUUCACGGGGCUGGAUAACCUCGAGCGUUACAUUCUGGCGAUGGCCCUCGACGCUCUCGCGGAGUACCUGCAGGCAGACGCGGAAAACGGCUUUGCGCUCGCAGCGAGCGGCAUGCUGGCGCCACUCCGAUCCCACCUGCCGUGGAAGAGAGGGAUGCCGGUACUGGACCUGCAGGGAGCGAAGGAGGUCACGUGGACUCUGAAGACGGUCGUUAUCAUAAUCAGCGGCAGCAUCGCGAAGGAGUGGAGCCAGGUUGCGGCGGUGACGUCAUAG